UGAUGCGGAAAAGUCGUGUAGGGGAAACUCGACUUUCUCUUCCCAAAUCGAUCUCACCGUCUUCCGAUUCUCUCUCGACGGCGACGCAUGUGGCGAUAAAGUACACCGACGAUUUCAUCCCGAAUCUCUCCGGAUCCCUCACGAGUCUAUCCCGAGUCUGUCUCCAACCUCAUUCUCCGCCGAUUUCAAUCUAAAAGGUCAUGGGAUUGGAUUAUAGCUACACGCAGCCGUCUGAUUCGGAGGAUUAUGGUUUAGGGAACUCAGCAGACAGUGGAAACAGCUCCACAGAAAUGAAUAUACUGCUGGACCAAGCAGAGAUAGAAGCCGCACGGGUUCAGUACCCUCCGCAGCCGGAGGUUGAGUUCGGCUUCCCCAAGGAAUGCUACUGUGGUGGCGAACCGCUUAUUAGGACAUCUUACACAAGAACUGACCCGAGGAGAAGGUUCUACACCUGUGAGAACAUCGACGACGGAGACUUCCAUGUACACAAGUGGUGGGAUGUGGCGGCUACAGAGGAGAUCAAAGCCAUAGGUACACAAUAUGCCCUGCUUGAGAAGACUGUGUCUGAGUUAUCUAAAAAAAAAUCUCCGUUUCGUAAUGGGUUUGAACUCGUACUAGGUGGUCUGGUUCUUUUAGUAAUGGUAAUAUCCAUGUUCGUAAUGUUAAAGUAGGUUUGAACUAAGAGGAGAGUGAACUAAGUAGCUUGGUGUUUUGUAGUAUGAACGCAUACGACUGGUGUGUGUAUUGUAAUAUGUUAUGUAUGAAACUCAUUAUGAAGCUGUACAAGGAGACGGUUAAGGGGUGUAUUUUUUCCAAUGAACAAGGAGACUUAUAAAUUUUUAUAAGUACUAUGUUUUGUUAUUACUAA